AUGCCAAAUAUCCUAAUCAUCGGCGCAACGCGCGGCCUGGGCGCCAGUCUUGCAAACGCGUAUGCAGCGCAGGAAGAUACGACCGUCUUCGGUACGACGAGGCAAAACGCAGCGCCGACGGGCCUAGACGAGAAAAUCAUCUGGGUCAAGAGCGUGGACGUGUCCCAAGAGGGGGUAGGUGCCAGACUGGUCAACCAGCUGGGAUCUCUGGGAGGCGGAGGGGGCAUGACCGCGGGAGGGGUCAAGGGAUUCGAUAUCGUGAUCGUUACGGCGGGGUUCUUCGCUACCGAGGACUUUGCGAGUGGGCCGAAGUGGGAGGAGGAGGUGAAGAUGUACACGACGUCUGCCAUCUCCCCGCCCUUCAUAGUGCAUUCUCUCUAUCGCGCAAAGUACCUCCCUUCCGGCUCGAAAGUCAUCCUGGUAUCCUCGGAAUCGGGAUCCAUUACGCUGCGCCACGAGAAAGAGGGUGGAGGCAACUACGCGCACCACGCUAGCAAAACCGCUCUCAACAUGGUGGGCAAGCUUCUCAGCAUGGACCUGAAAGAGAAAGGCGUUGUCAUCAGCAUGGUCCAUCCGGGGUUCAUGAGGACGGAGAUGACGGCUGGGGUGGGCUUUGACAAGUAUUGGGACGACGGUGGUGCUGUCACGCCCGAAGAGGCGGCACAGACUCUGAUCGAGUGGGUGGGAAAGCUCGAUAUGAGCAAGAGCGGACAGUAUUGGGCGCCGAGGGGAGCGAGGGAUAUUGGGACUGCCGACGUGACCAUCGGCAAAGACCUUCCGACCCCUUUGGAACUGCCGUGGUAG